AUGACUCUGAAGCUCUGGACGUCACCACUGUCGUGGAACUGCCUGCGAACUGAGCUUGUGCUGGCCGAGAAAGGGAUCGAUGAUGUCGUCAGCAUCCCUGCCGACCUCAUCGGAGGGAAACACAAGACCGAAGACUUUCGCGAAAAGUCCAUCUUCGGGAGGGUCCCACUGCUAGAGGACGGCAACAUCGUGAUCUUCGAGUCUCGCGCAAUCGCCCGCUAUCUGUGCCUGAAGUACGCGGACGUCGGCCAGGGAUUGAUGCCAGAGAGCACCGACGCCGAAACGAAGGGCGUCUGGGAGAUGUGGUUGACUCUCGAGGCAAUCGAGUUCGACAGCCACGUCGUCCCUGUUAUUAGCGAGACACUCAUUCGACCGUACGCCUCUCCUUUCCCAUAUUACCACGUCCUUCUUCCCCCAGUCGGGACACCACCGAACAGCGUAUUAGGAAAAGCCACGGAUGAAGCAGUCGUUGCAAGACACAAGCCGAAACUACUCGACUGUCUGGACGUGCUCGACAAGGUUCUGUCAAAGACGGCAUACAUGGGAGGGGGCGAGUACAGUCUGGUCGACAUCUUCUACAUGCCGUGCAUGUUCACUGUCAGCCGGUGCCUUGAUAUUUUCGACGGCAGGCCCCACCUGAAGAAAUGGUGGGAGACCGUCAGUGCCCGGGAGGCGUGGAAGAAGACCGUCAAGCCGCUGGACGAUGGCUACACCCAGAUGAUCCCGGCGUGGAGCAAGUAA